CAGGAACACCUGCCAGGCCCCUGUGAGUGAAUUUCACGAAUACUUGUCAACUCAGUCUUCUAUCGCCGCCCAAACGACUGCACAAGUCAUGGCGUCAAGCGUUAUCAUUGGGCUCAGCAGCCUUGCGGCGACCUACGUUUUUCUACGUAUCCUACUUUCGUACACUCACCACGACCGGGAGCCUACAGCUGUUGCAACCGAAAUCCCGUUUCUCAGUCCAUUGUUCGGCAUGGCCAAGAAGGGGAAAUUUUACACAGACCUUCGCGAUAAAUACAACCUUCCCAUCUACACCUUGAGGCUCCCCGGGUCGAGGAUCUAUGUCGUCAAUUCCACGAAUCUGAUCACUGCCAUCCAACGUCAGCCGCGCGUCCUUGAUUUCGCGCCUAUUGAAGCAAAAGCUGCAAUCAACGUAAUGGGAGCGACGAUGGCGGGUAAGGAGAUCCUAAAUCAGGAGCGUGAAGGCGUAGGAAAGCAUGCCUACGCCAUCGAAUUCGAUAAGGCCAUCCAUCCCGCUGUAACUCCAGGGCCCAAGCUCGACGCCAUGAACAGGCUUUCGGUCCAGAAGGUUGCUGAAUUCCUCGAAAACACGGCCUCCAGUCAGUCCCAGACCUUGAACCUGUACGGUUGGGUACGAGAGCAUAUUUCCUGGGCGACGACUGAGGCUGUCUAUGGCCCUCAGAACCCGUUUCGAGAUUCCGAGAUUCUAGAUGCGUUUGGAAAGUUCGAACCUGGUAUCGUAAUCCUCCUACUCCAGCUGCUCCCUUCCAUCCUAGCCAAAGAAAGCAUUCAAGCCCGCGAAAAGAUUGUAAAGGCAUUCAUAGCGUACUUUGACGCCGGCGGUCACAAAAAAGGCUCAGCACUGGUUCGCGCAAGAUUCCAGCACAGUGUUGACUACAAUGUCUCCACCGAAGAUAUCGCAAGGUUUGAGCUGGGAGGUGCCGUCGCAAUCCUCACCAACACCAUUCCAUCUGCAUUCUGGACUCUCUGGCAUAUCAUCUCGGAUGCCGCAGCUCUAGAGGAAUGCAGGAAUGAGCUAUACCGCGUAUGUAAGAUUCAGGACGACACGGUAACUAUCGACAUAACUGAGGUCAAACUUUCAUGUCCUAUGCUCCUUUCCACGUUGCAAGAAGUCUUGCGUAUCCACGGCACGGGCACCUCCGUCAGGAUAGUCCAAGAAGAUCAUCUUCUCGAUGGUAAAUAUCUUCUCAAAAAGGGUGGGACCUUGAUGAUCCCGGGUCCUGUUCAGCACACCGCAAACUCUGUAUACGGCGAGAGCGUCAACGAGUUCAACCACAAGCGCUUCGUUCGUACUAACGGCAAGCGUCUGAACCCUGUUGGAUUUCGCGGUUUCGGCGGAGGCUCUACGCUCUGUCCCGGUCGUCAUUUUGCGAGCACUGAGAUCAUUGCGUUUGUCGCCUUGAUGGUGCUACGAUUCAAUGUCAAACCCAAGGGUGGUGUAUGGGUGCGCCCCACAACACACAAAGCUGGCAUGCAGGCCACAGUACCACCACCAGAUGCCGAUUUGGAGGUCGAAAUCACGCUGCGAGAAGGUGAACUGGAAGGGAAGCGAUGGAAUGUAAUUCUUACAGGCUCAGAUAAGGCCGUACCCAUUGUAGCUGAGGAUGUUGAUCAAAACUAAGUCCCUCAUGAGGCAGACUUUCCGAAAAUAGGUAACCUUGUGCAAGGAAACGAGAUAAUAUUGAACUUCAAAGCAUGGGCUAGUUGCAGCCUUCGGGAACUUUCUUCGAAUCUACUUCAUUCCAUG